AUGGUCUCUCAAUCCAAGGACGCAUGGGAAAUGUCUUUCCUUAGCGGACACUCCAGCUUCGAGAUUGGAAUGGGUGUUUUCCUCUUCGCUCUCAUUUUGAGCUUGUCACGCGCAAUCUACCUGCUCUACUUCCAUCCCCUGUCAUCUUUUCCUGGACCGUACAAGGCGGCCCUAUCAACGUGGUGGCAGUACUCUUUGAGCAAGACUGGUAGAACGGAACAGAUACUCGAGCAGCUGCAUAGGAAAUAUGACACUCAAGCACUCAGAAUCGGCCCAAAUGAGCUACACAUUACCGAUCCCACACUCUAUCAUACGAUCUACUCGCAGCGGUACAUCUUCCCAAAACACAAGUACUUCUAUGAUGGUUUCAACAAUCUAUCCAAUGUCUUCAUCGAGGCAGACAAAGAUGCACACCGUGCGCGACGUAAGCUUCUCAACAACUUCUUCUCGAAAGCGUCAAUCAGAUCUAUGGAGCAGACCUUGUUCUCCAAAGUCACCCUGUUAUGUGACAGGCUAUCGGACACCAAAGACAACGGUGCUAUCAACUUCUACCACGCUUUCAGGUGCCUUACGGUUGAUUUUAUUACGCAAAUCGCGUUUGGGGAGUCCUUCAACAUGCUUACCGAAGCCGAAGACAACACUUUCAACGCACCGUUCAUCACGUGUUUUGAUCUAGCAUCUGAGGUGAUCUGGAACAUGCAGUACUUCCCCAUCCUUCGGACGAUUGCAUUCAGGUGCCCACCAAGUGUGACUGCCAGGCUGAGCACAUCGGCCGCAAAAUUCCAGGGCCUCCUACGUAAGGUUGCGAAGACUGUAGUCAACUUCAGGACUUUGAAGGCGUCCGGAAAAUCCUUGGACCAUGAGAUUGUCUUCGAUGCUAUGCAACACCUCGACGACGCAACAGUUGAAUCCGAAGCCGCGAACAUCUUGAUUGCAGGUUCUGAUACGACGGCAUUUACACUCUCGACCGCUGUUCAGCAUAUGAUGAAAGACCCUGCCAUCUUCACUCAACUCAGAAAGGAACUGAGGGAAAGCGGCAUUGUGGCGACCCAAGAUUUCACGCUCGUGAAACUAGAGCAACUUCCAUAUCUGCCUCUCGUGGUAGACGGAAAGAUUGUCCCCGCUGGAGCUGUCGUUGGCAUAUCCGCCUACAGCAUGCAUUUCGACGAGAGCAUCUGGGGCGAAGAUGCCAGGAAGUUUAACCCCGCUCGUUGGCAGGCCGAAGACGCAAAAGACCUUGAGAAAUAUCUCGUGACCUUUUCUAAGGGCGCAAGGCAAUGUCUCGGGAUCAAUCUGGCAUAUGCCGAGAUCUAUCUCACCUUGGCGAUGCUCGUCAACCGAUUCCGCCUCGAACCGGAUACGACCAUCACGGCAUCUGAUCUCCAACCCCUGGACCAUUUUGCCACUGAGUACGAAGGAACUGGGGUUCGCGCGAUUGUCCAUGAGGACUAG